CGUGGCGAGGCAGCCCGGUACCAGUGGCACCGACGAACUCGGUACCAACGGAAGUCUCUUGAAGACUUCGGGUCUCGCAGCAUCGUCACCACAAGAUCUUCCGCCAGUGCGAAAGUAUCACAGAAAACGAGUAGUCAUUUCAUUUCAAGAAGAUCAGACUCGGAACAAAGACUUCCAAACGUUAGACUGCACAUUGAGACUGAAGGCAAGCUCGAGGAGGCUUUUCGGUCUGCGACCGGAUAGAACUGAUAAAUAAUAAACUUGUACACGGGACGAUUCGCGACGGUCGGCGAAUGCGCCUACGGUGGAUCUCGAAGAGCAUCAGAACUCCUGGAACCUUUAGAGGGCUCACUGCACGUUUCUUUCGCGAUUUCGAUCGUGAUUCGUCGAGUCAAGAAUAACGUUAAGAUGACAGAGGGCGAUCGUGCAACAUGCAAAGCGAGACCGGUGCUUCUGUUUGCGUUGGUUCUUCUGAGCGUUCUGAACGUUGUCGACACCCAAGUCACCUUGAGAAAGUCGCAUAUCCGGAUGCAAAAACUGUGCUCCAGAAGCCUGAGCGACGCUCUGUACCUCGUAUGCCGGGAACGCGGCUACAACGAGCCGUUCUCGUACAGCGGCGAGGACGAACCGAGAGUCGAUUCCGGGCCGGGCCUCGUCGAAGAGUGCUGUUAUCACUCAUGUAGCUACGAACAGCUCGAGCGAUACUGCAAACCCCUACCUGAGGAGAAGCGAGUCGAUUCGAGACACGACGUUAUAGAAGAGUCGUACAUAGUGAAUCUACCUUACACGAUGAAAGAUCUAUCGUCGGAGCAGAGUCCACGAUCGGAGAUGGAAUACGUCAGCGGUGCGAUAAAACGUAAGGUUGAUGAUUUGAAAAGGGGACGCCACAGGGGGAAAGGUGAUCGCAAUAUUGAUGGUGAAUGCAAGGGAAAAUCUGACGCGAAAAAGCGACACCGCGGCAGGCACUGCAGAUGCCGUCGUCGGCGUCUGGAGUGUCGCCGAGCUGGCAAGAUCUCACGCGGCGACGCUAAACUUUUAGAUAAUAUCGUGACAUCGUCGCCAACAGAUAAGCCUACGUCAUUUUCCUCUAUAUCGUAAUGCAACGUUGCAGUGCUAAAAACAUUGCCGGUCUUUCACACGAGGAAUUGUAGGAGAUGCGAUUUCUAUGAGAAGCGGUACUCUUAGAGCGAACUUACUUUUUUCUUCAUGCCAUUCUUCGACCUGUCAUUCUGUAUUCGUCGCAUCGCUGAAAUAAUUGACGAAGUUUGCACACGGAUGAUCGCUCGUAGAAAAAAAAAAUAAACGGAGAAUUCGAGACAGAUGUUUCGGGAUGAUUGAAUUCUACGAAGAAGAAGAAGAAAUCGAGAUUCCUAAAAGAAAUAAAAUGUUUUUUUUUCCUUUCUAAAGAAAAGGAAUUUGCGUGGAAAGAAAAUUAUUUACAGCAGGUGUAGAAUGUCCCAUCACGCAUUUAAUAGAUUGAAACAGCGAUGAAACGUAUCAGCGGUAUAAAGUGUCAUCUGCCAAUCGCAAUUUUGAAUAUGAAAAAAUUUGCGAUGGAGGCAAAAGCCUCGAUAUUGAUGGGAAAGGAUGUGGUUUUUUUAAUGACGCUUUCUUUUAAUGUCAGAAACAAUGUCAUUAAAGAAAUAGUGAAAUUCGAUGACGACUCGAGAUAAAGUCACGGACUAUAUCGAACAUAAUUGUGAUGGACUUGAGUUAGAAUGCAAUUCGGGACAAUUGAGUCGUGAUCUCGCAGAGAAAAAAAAAAGACUUUAAAUAAGUGAUUUAAAUAAGUGAUUUCAACGUAAGCGUUUCUAAACGUUCGGGAACAGCUCGGAUAUUCACCAGUGAUCUUAGUUUUAUUGACAACUGAUGAUCUCAUUAGUAUUAAAAUUUUUGUUGUAGAUUUAAGGUUUAAUAUAGACUUCAAUUUGAAACGCACAUCCCCGACGAACGUGUACUUUAUUAACGAGUCCACCAGCGAAUGGAUGAGAUUCAAAAAUGCGGAAAUGUAAUUUUUAAUAAAGACGUAGAUUCAGAAUUCAGAACUAGUUGUAGAUAGGAAUUUUAUUACAUUGUACACAUAGCAUAGUAGCGCGUGAAUCUUAUCCGCCAUCCGAAGAUUUCAAAUGAUAUCUGCAUUAAUAAUAGCGACCAAUAAACAUUUAUACGAGUUAA